AUGGAUACUAAAAAGUUUAAAGGUGGCACGACUUGUGCUGUGGCUACUUGCACUAAUUAUUCAUCGAAAUUAAGAAACGCGGGUAAUACUUCUGUAUCAUUUUAUCGUUGUUUAAUAUCUGCUGAACCCUGUUAUACUGUUUUAAGGUUUCCUAAAGACCUAAGUCUUCAGAAAGAAUGGUCACUGAAAUGUAAAAGAAAUGAUAAAUGGAAUCCAAGUAAAUCUUCAAUUUGUUUAAUACAUUUCAACAAUGAUGAUUUUUUACGUGAUCUGAAAUCUGAACUGCUUGGUUAUACACCUAUUAUUAAAAAACUAAAACCUGGAACUAUUCCAACAUUGAAUAUGCCAGAUAAUAAAACUCAAAUAUCAGUGUCCUCUAUUAAUCGAAGAACUAAAAUGGAGUUGAAAUCAGCCAAAGAGGUAAAAUAUGAUGCAUAA